AGUGAUAGCUAGCUAGCAUGUUUCUCCUGAACUUGCGUGCCUUUUAUCAACUGGCGGCUACAAGGUUUCUGUGGACAGUCAUAUUUAAGAAUGCAGUGACACCCGCAUAUCAAUAAGACUGUGAGGCAGCAGCACAAAUACAUAAAACAUUGGAUCCGUUGCGGAAUUUUUAUUCCCUGCGGUUGCUAUGUACAUCGAGAUAUGCAAUUGUGAUAGGAUGCGGUCAACGAUUCCACUCAGGAGUACUGCUUUCGGAGUGCACAUCCUCUUAGCCGUUGUAUUUUGCACUUUAAUUCAAUUAUCAAAACAGGACUGCGUUUGGUAUGGCGUUUGUAACACCGAGGAGACCGGCCACAGCCAAAACUGUCCCUAUAAUGGCACAGCCAGGGAAAUGCCUUCGGAUGGCUUGGAGUUGCUGAAAGAUCGAUGUGGAUUCCUGAUGGAGAAUAGUGGCAACGAAUUUUGCUGUGACAAGCAACAGGUGGAAAUUUUGAAUAAAAAUGUUAAGCUGGCCGCUAAUUUUUUGGAUAGAUGUCCGUCCUGCAUGGAGAAUCUUGUUCGGCACAUCUGCCAGUUCACAUGUUCCUCACAGCAAUCUGAUUUUAUGCAUGUGGCGGAGACGAAAAAUAAUGCAAAAGGUAUUUCCUACAUCAGCGCCGUUGAUUUGCAUAUAUCGACGGAGUAUAUAAAUAAGACUUAUAAAUCAUGCUCUCAGGUUUCCGUACCGCAAACAGGUCAAUUAGCUCUUGACUUAAUGUGCGGUUCUUACUCAGCAUCUCGUUGCAAUCCCACAAAAUGGUUCAACUUUAUGGGCGACGGUACAAGCCCAUAUGUUCCUUUUCAAAUAACGUACAUACAGCAUGAGCCCAAAGACAAGAGCAAUGAUUUUAGGCCAACCAAUCCAAAGACCAUACCUUGUAACCAAGCGGUCAGCAGCAAACUGCCCGCUUGUUCUUGCUCGGACUGUGACCUAUCCUGUCCUCAGGCCCCGCCCGAACCGCCGCCACCAGAGCCCUUCAAAAUUGCAGGUCAAGACCCCUAUUUCGUUAUUAUGGCUGCCGUUUUUAUUGUUGGAGUUUUGGUAUUUCUUAUGGGAUCGUUUCUGUUUACACAAAGUUCGUCAAUGGAUGACAGCUUUCAAAUCGAUGGGAAUGAUGUCUCGGAUGAACUGGCGUUUAGGGAGAACGAUUCUUAUUUCGACAAGCUGGGAGCUCGAACGGAAUUAUUACUGCAAAAUGUAUUCACCAAAGGUGGCACAUUCUUCGCCAGCAAUCCCUGGAUGACUCUAUUCGCUGGAGCCUCGCUGGUCGUGAUCCUGGGCUACGGCAUUACCUACAUAGACAUAACAACCGAUCCGGUUAAGCUAUGGGCAUCACCAAAUUCAAAAUCGCGGCUCGAGCGAGAGUUCUUUGACACCAAGUUUGCGCCAUUCUAUCGGCUAGAACAGGUCAUUAUCAAAGCGGUUAAUCUGCCGCAAAUAGUUCACAACACCUCGAAUGGCCCGAUAACGUUUGGCCCCGUUUUUGAUAGAGAGUUUUUGACCAAUGUCCUAAAUCUUCAAGAGGGCAUCAGGAAGAUCGAGGCCAACGGGACAAUGCUGAAGGAUAUAUGCUUUGCGCCGCUAUCGGAUGAUGAGGACGAAAUAGAGGACUCGAGUUGUGUGGUUCAAUCGAUAUGGGGCUACUUCCAAGAUGAUCCCAGUCGAUUGGAUGAUAAUGACGAUGAUAAUGGCUUUAAUGUUACCUACUUGGAUUCUUUGUACGACUGUAUCAGCAAUCCGUACCUAUGCCUGGCUCCUUACGGCGGUCCCGUUGAUCCGGCCAUAGCCCUGGGCGGCUUUCUCAAGCCCGGCGACCAGCUGACUGGAAAUACCAAGUACGAGCUGGGGAACGCUUUGAUCUUGACGUUUCUGGUGAGGAAUCAUCACAACAAAACGGACCUGCAGAAGGCCCUGCAGUGGGAGAAAAAGUUUAUUGAGUUUAUGACCAACUAUACCAAGAACAGCAGCAGACCCGAGCACAUGGACAUUGCCUUCACCUCGGAGAGAUCGAUAGAGGACGAACUCAAUAGGGAAUCGCAAUCGGAUGUCCUAACGAUAUUGGUAUCCUAUCUCAUUAUGUUCAUGUACAUUGCGAUAUCGCUGGGCCAUGUCAAGGAGUUCAAGCGCGUUUUCAUCGACAGCAAGAUCACACUGGGCAUUGGCGGAGUCAUCAUUGUCCUGGCCUCGGUUGUAUCAUCCGUUGGCCUCUUUGGCUACAUUGGGUUGCCGGCCACGCUAAUUAUUGUCGAGGUUAUACCUUUUUUGGUGCUGGCCGUCGGCGUUGAUAACAUCUUUAUUCUGGUCCAAACGCAUCAGCGCGAUCUCCGCCAGCCCAAUGAGACUCUGGAGCAGCAGAUUGGCCGAAUACUGGGUCGUGUGGGGCCCAGUAUGCUGCUCACAUCGUUGAGCGAAAGCUUUUGCUUCUUUCUUGGCGGCCUUUCUGAUAUGCCGGCGGUGAGGGCUUUUGCCCUGUAUGCCGGCGUUGCCCUAAUCAUUGACUUCUUACUGCAAAUAACCUGUUUUGUUAGCGUUUUUACCUUGGAUACCAGGAGGAGAGAGGAAAAUCGCAUGGACAUUUGUUGUUUCAUCAAGGGAAAGAAGCCUGAUGGUAUUGCCAGCAACGAGGAGGGACUUUUGUACAAGUUUUUCAGCAGUGUUUACGUUCCGUUCCUGAUGAAGAAGGUGGUGCGGGCCAGCGUAAUGGUCAUCUUCUUCGCCUGGCUGUGCUUCAGCAUUGCCAUUGCGCCCAAGAUAGACAUUGGUCUCGACCAGGAAUUGGCCAUGCCGGAAGACAGCUUUGUCCUACACUAUUUCCAGUCCCUGAACGAAAAUCUUAACAUUGGGCCGCCCGUUUACUUUGUGCUGAAGGGCAACCUGAGCUAUACGAACACAUCGGUUCAGAACCUGGUUUGUGCUGGUCGAUAUUGCAACGAUGACAGCGUCCUGACACAAAUUUAUCUGGCCAGCCGGCACUCAAAUAAGACGUACAUAGCCCGUCCGGCGUCCAGUUGGAUGGACGAUUACUUUGACUGGUCGGCGGCAUCCUCCUGCUGCAAAUACAAUCCAGACAGUGGCGGCUUUUGUCCACAUCAAGAUACUUCCUGUAAGCGAUGUGAAAUCGGAAAGAACUCGCUUCAGCGACCCGACGAGCAGAGCUUUGAAAAGUAUCUGCCCUUCUUCCUCAAGGAUAAUCCCGAUGAUUCGUGCGCCAAGGCCGGUCAUGCAGCCUAUGGCGGUGCUGUUCGUUACUCCACCGCCAGUGAACGACUGAACAUUGAGGCGUCCUAUUUUAUGGGCUAUCAUACGAUACUAAAGACCUCGUCCGACUAUUUCCUGGCCCUGGAAUCGGCCAGAAAGAUAUCGUCGAACAUCACCCAGAUGUUGCAGGGCAGACUAAUGUCGAACGGAGUUCCUAUAGAGUCGGCACUGACCGUCGAAGUUUUCCCCUAUUCAGUAUUCUAUGUUUUUUACGAACAAUAUCUGACCAUGUGGUCGGACACGCUGCAGAGCAUGGGCAUCUCAGUACUUUCCAUAUUCGUUGUUACCUUCGUUCUGAUGGGCUUCGACGUUCAUUCCGCGCUAGUUGUUGUGAUCACGAUAACGAUGAUCGUUGUUAAUUUAGGUGGCCUUAUGUAUUAUUGGAAUAUUUCGUUGAACGCAGUUUCCUUAGUUAAUCUCGUUAUGGCCGUGGGAAUAUCGGUCGAGUUCUGUUCGCACCUGGUGCACAGCUUCUCCAUUUCGAGGUCGAUCAGUCAGAUUGAUCGGGCGGCGGAUAGCCUGUCGAAAAUGGGCAGCUCCAUAUUCUCGGGCAUCACGCUAACCAAAUUUGCAGGCAUCCUAGUGUUGGCCUUUGCCAAGAGUCAGAUAUUUCAGGUAUUUUAUUUCCGCAUGUAUCUGGGAAUAGUUGUAAUUGGGGCGGCGCAUGGCCUGAUAUUCCUGCCGGUCUUAUUAAGUUAUAUUGGGGCUCCUGUAAGUAAUGCUAGACUUAGGUUCCACAGACAGGCUGCUCUCGAUCAGGAGACAGCCCUCGCGGGAAUUCUUUAGAUGAAUACACCUUAGUUAUAUGGCAUUAAUCUCAAAAGAAUAUUUUAAAUGUUAACUGGUUAAGGUAAAAUAAAUAAUCUAAACGUAAACGUAAUUGUGGUCUUUAUGUAUUCCUUUUUUGUUACCUGUAUUGUUAUGCUUUCGUUAAACGUAAUAAAAGACUCGAAUACCAAAGAAAAAAUCCAAA